AUGGCCUCAUCCACCUCUGCUGAGAGUGAGAGCCAAGAAAGGCACGGACUGUUUGUUCUCCAUCCUGGCCCAGAUGAGCUAUACGACGCUAGCAAUUACCUCGUCGAUAUUGUCGGGAUCCAUGGUCUUGGAGGCCACCCGUUCAAAACAUGGAGAGAAAAGGAAGGUCGGCAUUUGUGGCUGCGAGACUCUCUACCAACCCAUAUUCCUCAAUCGCGAAUCAUGAGUUUUGGAUACGACUCAACCGUGCUGUUCGGCAAAUCCCGCUCCCAGAUUUACGAUUACGCCGUGGAUCUGGCCAAUCGACUGGAGAUAUUUCGUCAAAGUUCGAAAGAACGGUAUCGACCUUUAAUCUUCAUCUGCCAUAGUCUAGGAGGCGUUGUGUUCAAGGAGUUUCUCGUCCAGGUAACCCUGAACAAAGAUCUCGAGCACCUCGCUCACAGCGUUGCGGGCGUCAUAUUUCUAGGUUGCCCUCACAGAGGCUCCCGAGUUGCGUCCCAUGCACGUAUGUUAUCGAAAAUUGUCAACACUGCGACACUUGGUACUGGCGCGAGAUCCGACUUAUUGAAAACGCUUCAGGUCUCCUCUACAGAGUUAAAAGCCAUUUCUCAGCACGCAAAGUAUCCUUUAAAAUCUCUUGUCAUUGUGUCGUUUUACGAGCAGCAACCGACGGGACGAAGCAUGGUUGUAGAACCAUUCUCAGCAAUCUUGGGCCUUCCUAACGAACGUGCUGUUCCCGUCAAUACAAACCACCGCGGGCUCGCUCACGUCUCACCAAAAAAGCCUCACCAGUACCUCCCGAUCUGGUCUUCCAUCAAACAGCUUGCGGAAGGCUGUUUGACAUCCAUAGAAGCCGACAAUCGAGCGCUCCUUGACGCUCUAUUCUGUCUUGACCCCAAAGCAGCUCAAAUGAGACCCCGUCAGUCACAAAACGGCACUUGCCAAUGGAUUUUCAGUCAUCCAAAGUAUACAAAAUGGCUGCAAUCGACCGAAAGGCCAAUACUCCUACUCACAGGCCGCCCGGGAUCUGGGAAGAGUGUUCUCACACGUUGUGUGGCAGAGAAUAUCCAGUCCUACGGUCUAGACAGAGAUUCGGAAUCCGGUUACCUCGUGGUCAGUCACUUUUGUUCAUAUAUGGAUACAGCCUUGAACAGUGAGGAUACAGUACUGCGUACUCUUCUACAUCAGCUUGUUCAGCUCAAUCCGCGGUGCGGUAUGCUUGUUCGCAAUCGGGUGGAAACCCGUACGAAGGAGGGCGUUGUUCUCGACCUGUCUACCAAAAACAUGUGGAAAGCCUUGGAGCAAGUUCUCUCCAUGCAAACCAUGAAUCGAGUAAUUAUCGUCAUCGACGCGAUAGAAGAGCUUGGCACGGCUGUUGCCACUGCGGUCCUUGUCGGCCUUUGGGAGAUCGCCGAUAACCUCAGCGAACAAAAUAUGCACCCGAGAGUCUUUAUCUCAAGUCGCCCCAGCCCUAGCUUAACAGAUGGUGGGCUAACGGGGCUUGAGAUACUGAAUCUUGGAGACAUUGACAUGAGAAUGGACAUUGAGAAAUACCUCACAAGCUCCGUUGAUGACUUCAGAACAGAGAACGAAAGCUUUAACGCGUCCAUCACACCACUUCUACAGAAGCAAAUUGUUUCUCGCAUAUCAGAUGCCGCUGCUGGCAUGUUCCUUGUCGCUGUGCUCGCUUGGGAAGAUUUCCAGAGAGGCUUGCUGUGGAAUCAAAACACGGUGGCCCAGAAGCUAGACGAGGUCUUAUCAGUCGGAUCCAGUAUGACAACCUACUACGACAGGUUAAUCGAAAAGAUUGACGAAUCUGUGUUUGAAGACGCUUUUCUGAUCUUCUCUAUCUUGGCUGCCGCAGCGCGACCCUUGUCUGAAGUUGAGAUCGGGACAGUCUUGGGCAUUUGCCAGUCAAGAACGCAUAUCAAACAAUCGCAAGACUUCGAGCCUUUCGAAAAUCUGAACAUCGUGAUGGAAAGAGAGGUUCCCCAUCUCGUAUCGCUCCAAGAUGAUGGCACUAUCACUUUUGUCCAUUUGUCAUUCAAAGAUUACAUUGAGAGUCAAGAAAGAUUUUGUGACAUAAUCGAAACGGGACGUCGGAGCAUCACCAAGGCUUGUCUCAUAUAUCUCAAGCUACAAGACUUAUUAGAGAGUGCUGCAGUUGAAACAGAAUACGAAAAAAUUGCCGCAGAAUAUCCCUUUCUUGCUUAUGCUAGUAAUCAUUUUUUGUGGCACAUCAAUGGAUUUCGCCCGCAAGAUCCCAUUUGGCUGCUAUUCUCCGACACAGCUGGAGAAAAGAGCAUUUAUUCCUUAAACUCAUUAUGGCCAGAGAACAAAUACUAUGGAACGACUCCUUUACGAUAUGUCCUCGGUUACCUGCCCGAGCGGUCUGCCCUUUCGCUUGCACGCAGCUUUCAGGAAUACGGCUAUGAUAUGGACGAAAGGUGGUCACCGACUUGUGGAAGAGCGCUCCAAUACUGCUGCAUGAACGCGAGAAAUAGCUUUGGCAAAAAGGCAGCUCUUCUGCUGCUGGAACUUGGAGCAAACCCAAGUCUACCCGAGAACCCUUUCCGAUCCAACCUUCGGCUUGCCAUCAUGGCAGAAGCGUGGGAGUUGUAUGAUGCAAUACUUUGUCAUCCCAUGACAGACUUGAGCGCGAGAAAUGAGCAGGGGGGGACGUUGUUGCAUGAUCAGGUUAAAUGCGGCCCAGUCGAACGCAUUGCUGAGAUGUUAGACCUGAUUAACGAAGUCGAUCUUAACGCCCAAGACCGUGAUGGAUACACUCCACUUCACCUCGCAACCUCUCUCGGUAGAGAAGAUGUGGUACGCAUGCUUCUCAGUAAGCCGGGUAUUCGGCUUGACUUGACCGACAGGAUAGGCCGGACACCGCUGACUUUGGCUACUUACUGGGGGUUAAAGUCAAUGGCGUUGGUGCUCAUCGAGCACUCAGAGGCGUUUCCCAUAUCUAGAGGAGGACACCUCAGCGCAUUGGUUCUCGCAGCAAAACAUGGCGACAAGGACAUAUGCGAGCGGCUAAUGGCCGCCUGUAAUUACCAGAACCUGAGCUUCCAUCUCGAUAUGUCAGGCAAAGGAGUGUUACAUCACGCUGCCAUGAAUGAAUGGGAGGAUAUGAUAGAAACAUGCUUGCGUCGAGGUGGCAGAACCCUGAAUAUAGACCAGAUAGACCACUCUGGUCGCAGUGCGUUGCAUUACGCUUCAAGGCUUGGCAACUUCAAGAGCUGCCAGGCCCUCAUCCAGGGGGGUGCCAGCCUCACACUGCAGGAUCGCCUAGGCAGGACAGCUGUCCAGGACGCUGCUGAUGCUGGCUUUAAAGAAUGCCUCCUCCUCCUGUUGAAAAGCGGCCGCGCCGAUCCAAGUCAGCGUGACAUCGACGGGCGCAACCUAGCCCAUUGGGCAGCCACUUUGGAUUGUGUCGAUGCGAUGGAGCUGAUAUCCAAAAUACCUGGCGCCAAGUUAGAUCAGCGAGAUCGUCAUGGUAAAACCCCGAUUGACAUUGCUUUUAUUUGUAAGAGCAAGUACGUUGGUCUGUUCCUCGCGGACAAGGUACCUUGGACCAAUAUUUACUACUGGGAUUUGAUGUACGACACGCCACGUAUCGACUAUGAAGCCGGAGAUGAUCAGGUAGAAACGUGCUAUGAAGCUGAUCUGCUGGAGAGAAAUGCAAGGCGUCAAAAGCGAGCAAAUGAAGAACAUGAGCAACUACGAAUGCAGUACCCGCCUCAUCUUUGGGCACUGAUCCCAUGUAUUCGUAAGGAAACCGAGACAGAGAAAGAGAAUACCGAAAAGAAAAAAAUCAAGAAGUCUACGAAGGAGAAAACAUCGAAAGAGAAGGCAUCGAAAGAAAAGGCGUCCAAGGAGAAGACUGCGAAGAAUAAAGCUACCAAAGAGAAGGCCAGCGAGAAGAAAUCGUCGAAGUCUGGCAAGAAGUGA